AAAAGAAGAAGCAUAUGUCUAUUAAACACUAUCAUUAGGCAUUAGCACUAUAGACAAGUUGCUUCCUUAAUGCAAAGUUAAAAAUACCAACCAAUUCAUUCUUCACAAACAAGCCUUCCAACAAUCUCUGAAUUUCAUCUUCAUUUUUUAGCGAAAAAACAUAAUGUUAUACAGAGCUAGGAGUAUUACUAGUAGGUUCUCUGAUAAAAUGAGUACAAGUGUGCCGGUUGAAGUAGGCACAAGGGGAACUAUAGGAUCACUUUUGAAGAAAGAGAUUGAGUAUUUCAGAAAAGUUGAGGUGGAUUGUUGUAAAGGGAGUUGUAAUAAUAAAUCUCAGAAGAGUUCAGUGGAAAUAGAUUCAUGUGGUGGUAAUUCUAAUUGGCCUAGUUUCGGGUUCUUGACGAUGAAAUGGAAAAAGAAGAAGAGAAGAGGUACUGGUGGUGCAUUACCUGCAAUGUGUUCUAUGGUUGAAGUUUCUGAGAGUUGUAAGAUGAAUGAAAUUCCAGGGUUCAGUUAUAGAAAUCUCAAGGUUGAUUCUAAGAGAUUUGAGGAAGAAAUAAUGCUCUCAUAGGAGCUUUCAAUUUUUUGUGUCAAGACUGAAUUCUGUUCUUAUUCUUUAGCCAAAUAUCUUUUGCUUUCUGAUUGCCUUCAAUUGCUUGGAAUUUGAGAGAAUUGUCAAUCAUCUGGACUUCUUGUUUUGGCAAGAGCAGGUAA